GCGUUCCAGGGGCCCCUGGACCAUCCCUACAGGAACCGAAGGACGCGGGCCUGCGACUGGGGACGAACUACGCAGCUGCGCAGACGCAGUGGGGAGUCCCGCGAGGCGCAAGGUCGCGCCAGGGGACGCGACAGCACCUCCGUGGACACCCUGCGCUCACCCCCACCCCCACCCAGUUCCCCGCGGCCUGAGCCCGGAUGCUGACCCGGGCGCUGUCCUAGCCCGGCCGCGCCAGGAGGACGCCGGGGCGGGUCGAGGGCGGUGCGUGAGGCGAGCGGCAGCCGUCCGGCCGGGUUCUAACGCGUGCCCGCGGCUCCCACCGCUGGCCGCGCAGGCGGGGCGCGGGCGGGGCCGGGCGCGCUGCGGGACCACCGAGGGCGAGGCCUUCGCGCCGCCCCGAGGGCCCCGGAAGUGGCUCUGCCGGCUAGGGUCGGGGCGGAAGCGCGCCGCCACCCGGAGUCGCCUGGGGCUCGCUCGUCCGCACCCUGGGCUUCACGGCUCGCUCUUCCGUUCCGUGAGCCUCCUCGGUCAUUUACUUCCGUAGCACCCCACCUCCUGCUCGCUCAUUCAUUCUCGCGUUUAUUCACCCCCCUGCUUUCUGAUUCCGCCCUUGGUACCCUGAGCUGCGCGAUCACCCGUCCCCGAUUUGUUGUCCAUCCAUUUACGCAUGCAUUCGUUCAUCGCUCCUGCUCUCCAGUCCCGCCCUCCGUUCCCUAGGCCGCGCCAUCAUUCCUUCCUCCAUUCGUUCUUCGUUCGCUCGGACCUCCUCCCGGCGCUGCUUCAGGGCACGCCGGGCUCGUCCCGCUUCCGAGCCUUGCACGUGCCUUCUCCGCGCGAGCAUCCAGCCUCCGCUCUCACUUGCCCCUUGUGCUCCAAGCCCGGCGCUUCCUGAGGCCAGAACCCCCGUUGGGCAUCUCCCGCGCAGCGUCCCUCCCCUUCUUCCACUCAAGUAUUUUUUCAUCCAGCCCCAAGAGGUCCAGAGGAAGUGCCCAGGGACAUGUGGCUGCCCUGCCUGGGAAGGGGCAUGAUGGCUGCCCAGAUGAGCAAGGCAUCAGCUCUGGCUCCUGGGGUCCUUCAGAGCACACCAGCCCCAGUGGUGGGUGAGCCCAGCUCUGAGACCCCUGGCCAGUGCUUCUGGGGGUUCCACUAUGAGGAGGAAGAGGGUCCCCGUGAGGCCCUGGCCCGGCUCUGGGAGCGCACUCCAAGGAGCAGAUGCUGGAGCUCCUGGUGCUGGAGCAGUUCCUGUGCGCACUGCCCCCUGAGAUCCAGGCCCGUGUGGAGGGACAGCGGCCAGGCAGCCCUGAGGAGGCCGCUGCCCUGGUCCAGGGGCUGCGCCAGGAGCUGGCCGGGCCAGAACUCCAGAGGACAGAAGCAAGGUCGAGUCCCUAGGACAGAGGGCCCAGCAGGUGGCUCUAGGGAAAGGCGACACUCCCUGGAUUGUGCUGAAGACUGACACAACAGACCCUUCUGAGGGGGCUGCAUCUGGAGGCCUGGGGGCCUGGGAAGACCCCACAGAGGCAGAGGACCAGGGGGCCUCCAGAGGGGAGCUGGAGCCCGCAGACCGUGGGAGAGACUGGGUCGGGCCCAGAAGCAUCCGAGAAAACCUGGUGCCAAGCCCCUGGCCUCUCCCCAGGGAGCCGGCCUGCCGGUGCAGUGAGUGUGGCAAGGUGUUCAGCCGGAGUUCCUACCCGGUGCAGCACAGGCGAGUGCACACGGGCGAGAAGCCAUACAUGUGCACGGAGUGUGGCAAGGCCUUCGCCUGGAGCUCCAACCUCAGCCAGCAGCAGCGCAUCCACACGGGCGAGAGGCCCUACGCGUGCCGGAGUGUGGCAAGGCUUUCCGCGCGCACUCGCAGCUCAUCCACCGCCAGAAGACGCACAGCGGCGUGAAGCCCUUCCGCUGCCCAGACUGUGGCACGGCCUUCGGCCGCAGCACUCCACCGGUGCAGCAUCGGCGCCCGCACAUGGUGAGAAGCGCUUUGAAUGCCCCGAAUGCGGCAACGCCUUCGGCUGGAACUCCAACUUCCUGGAGCACCGGCGUGUGCACAUGGGUGCACGGCCCCACACCUGCCCUGCCUGCGGCAAGGCCUUCAGCCAGAGCUCCAAUCUGGCGGAGCACCUGAAGAUCCACGCGGGCACAAGGCCGCACACGCGCCCCGAUUGCGGCAAGGCCUUCCUGCGCCGGCGGGCCUGCGGUAGCACCCGCGCACACACAGCGGCGAGAGGCCCUUCGCCUGCGCGGAGUGUGGCAAGAGCUUCCGCGAGAGCUCGCAGCGCCUGCAGCACCAGCGCGCGCACGGGCGAGCGGCCCUUCGAGUGUGCUGAGUGCGGCCAGGCCUUCAUCAUGGGCUCCAAUCUGGCCGAACACCAGCGCGUACACACCGGCGAGAAGCCCCGCGUGUGCGCCCAGUGUGGCAAGGCCUUCAGCCAGCGCUCCAACCUGCUCAGCCACCAGCGCAUCCACUCUGCUGCCAAGCCCUAUGCCCGUGCCGACUGCGGCAAAGCCUUCAAGGGCAGCUCGGGCCUGGCACACCACCGGCGCACGCACACCGGGGAGAAGCCGUUCGUCUGCGCCGAUUGCCGCAAGGCUUUUGUGCGCAACUCCGAGCUCGUGAGCCACCGGCGCACGCAACGGGCGAGCGGCCCUACGUGCGUAGUGUGUGCAGCAAGCCCUUCAGUCACCGCUCCAACCUCAACGAACACCAGAAGCGACACGCGGGCGGUGCCGCGCCCUGACUCUGGGAUGCCCCUGGGAGAUGGUGAGGCUGGGCCAGCUCGGUGGCGCGCGAGGCACAGGACGUGGCCAUCGUGGAUCAGGAUGAGCAGCGUCGUGUAAAAUCGCCACCACCCCCCCCCCGUGUGGGCUGCGUGCUGGAGCGCAGGGGCAGCGACAAUUGGGACAGAGGAUUAAGCCGUUAUAACAGCCCCUGGGACGAUGGGAGUCUCACCUGGUGGCCCCCUGGGGCCUGGCUGCGGAUGCGUGGCGGGGAGGUGAUUCACAGGGUAAAGGCAGUGAAUUUCGGUGCUGGGAGGGGUGCAUCCGUGCAGAGACUGGAGGCUGCCACAGGCGUGGUGGAUCCCCAGGACGAGGGCUAGGUGAGUCCCCUCCCCUGCUUCCCCUCCACCUCAGCUGGAUCUGAGGUUGCACAGGAUUUUUUGUUUUAGGCCAAGGGCCAGAAGGUCAGAGGCCUUGCUCUGGGACCCUGGUGAGCAGCAGGAGGCCUAGGGCAAAGGGGAAGAGUGGGGGUGGUUCUGCCAUCCUCCCCUCCCAGGUGCUUCCCCCCACGUGCCCCUCCCUCCUGUUCUCUCCACAGUUGUGGCGUCCACUGCACUAUCCUCCCUGGGGGCUGAGCACCAGCUCCAUCUAGCACCCUCACUAGAGCCUCUCUGGAAGGUGGUGUGUCUGUGUCUCCUCUCUGGAAUGCGGUGGGGGACAUGCUCAGUCUGCACAGGACCGCUUCUCUGGCCUGGCCACCACCACCCUUCUCGCUUCCCAUGUCGGGAUUGUCCUGGCCUGCCCCACUGUGUGCUCUGGGGUCUCCCCUGGCGUCUGCGGGUUUGACGGUCUUCCCGCCUCCACCACCAUUUUAGGGAGCCUCUUUCUGCCCUCGGCUGCCACUGGAUGUGCUGUGCUUCCUUCUGCUCCUGGGUCUGGGAUUGGCAGCCUCCAGCAUUAAGCUUGUGAGAGAAGCAGGGAGAGGGAAUGCGUGGAGCUACAACCCUGAUUAGUGAAACCUUUGUAGCUUGGAAAGUUCCUUCUCACCUUGUCUCCAGAGCGGAGCCCCAGAGGGGACCAGAUAGGCCUGAGGACUCGCAGCUGAUGAGGACCCUAUUUGGCUGUCUGCUGGGGUAGCAAUUUCUGUCACAAAGGUCACUGAGCAUCCGUAUCCAGUGCUUUGCAGGGACUUCUCCACCUGCACCCUGAGUGCUGAGUUGGGAGGCUUAAGCUGGCCCUCGGCGAGGGGAGAAGAGGCUGGUACAGACAGCCCAAACCUGACCACUAGUAUCUCCCUGCAACAGGGCGGGAGGAGCAUCUGGCCCACUUGAUGGGUGGGAGGUGGGCCAGAAGGGGGCUGUCUCAGGUGGGAGGCAGGCCGCUAAAUCACCCUCCCUCGGGAUUUUGAGGGAAUUGGUUAGUUAGCUUUGUAAGGCUGAAGGAACACAAGUGAAUACUGAAAACCCAGAGAUGGAUAACCAUAGAGCACUUACUACCUCUAGGACUGGGGUGCAAAAGAGAAGGGGUGGAUUU